GCGUUCAGGGUCAGUGCAACUCGGAGGGAGGCGACGUCUGCGCAGUCUCCGCACGUUUACGUAACGAGGACGUAAUGACGUUUCCUACGAGCCGAAAAUGGCGGAGUACCUGGCGUCCAUUUUCGGCACAGAGAAAGACAAGGUCAAUUGUUCCUUCUAUUUUAAAAUCGGAGCUUGCAGACAUGGGGACCGCUGCUCGAGAUUGCACAACAAACCAACCUUCAGCCAGACCAUCUUGAUUCAGAACAUCUACCGUAAUCCCCAGAACAGUGCACAGACCGCUGACGCUUCCCGCUGUGCCGUCAGCGAUGUGGAAAUGCAGGAGCACUAUGAUGAGUUCUUUGAGGAGGUUUUCACAGAGAUGGAGGAGAAGUACGGCGAGGUGGAGGAGAUGAACGUGUGCGAUAACCUGGGCGACCACCUUGUCGGCAACGUCUAUGUUAAGUUUCGUCGUGAGGAGGAUGCAGAGAAAGCAGUCAUGGACCUUAACAACCGCUGGUUCAAUGCUCAACCCAUCCACGCAGAGCUCUCCCCCGUCACUGACUUCAGGGAAGCUUGCUGCCGCCAGUAUGAAAUGGGAGAGUGCACCCGGGGCGGUUUCUGCAACUUCAUGCACCUGAAACCCAUAUCACGGGAACUUCGAAGGGAGUUGUACGGCCGCCGCAGGAAAAGGCACCGCUCUGGUUCGCGUUCAAGGGAACGACGUUCCCGCUCCAGGGAUCGACGGCGGGACCGCGAACGGCCGAGGAGGUCGAGGGAUCGUGAGCGCUCUGGACGAUUCUAAACCAAGCCAAGACUGUACUAGACUGUACCCCAGCAGUGAUGACAAAGUUAUUUUCUUUUCGGUGAAUCUUUUCUUUUAUUCCCUUUUUUUAAGAAGAGCUUAUGUUGCUUUCUCAAUAAAAACAGAUUUGUAACUCUG